CUAUAUAAUAGAAUUGUGUUGACAUGGACGUAGAGCCAUAGCCCAUUCAUGAGCUGCAGUCACCCGAGGUUUUUACUGAGAACAAUUCCACAGGUGGUCGUGGUUUAACUUUAAUCCAAAGCCAUGAGCUCACUGGAACAUCGUAAUGGUGCUGACUGCGUUGAUAGUGAUUGCUCCUUUCCUCACAUGGGGAUGGGACUUUCUCUGUAGAUUCCCUCGCUCACUUGUCGCCACGUUUUUGGGACCACCGCAGGUGUAUCUGCUAUACUCGCCAGCAAACAGUGAUGUUUGCUGAGGGCAUUGAUUUCUCACACGGUCAAUUCUGUUCAAUUAUUGUCGGACCAUGGGGCAGCCCGUAGGAGACGCGAAUACAGACUACCUGCGAGGAGUUGGCGUUUUGUGUAAACAGUGAAACCAAUAGUUAGGAGCAGUAAGGUCACAUGGUGACAAUGACACACCUAUGAGGGCCUAGAGCGGCGCCAGGUAUAGGUAGGGUAGAUAGAGCAGCGGAGCAGCGCUGAGCAGGAGAGAUAUACAUGUGCACCUGUGCGAUUCAGAAUCCCCGGGCUUCGGCAACUAUGAAUCGGGAAGAGCAUUUCUACUCACCUGCACAGCUCUACAAAGACCCCUGUGCCUACCAGAGACCGCAGAGCGAAGACUUCAGCCAGAGCCCGCCACCGUGUCUCUAUAUGGGCCGACAGACUCAGCACGUCUACGCCUCGCCCUCCGUGGGCACCCUUGAUCAGACGUGCCUGCCUGAUAUUGCUUCAUACAGCAUACCCAUGCGAGAAGACCCGGUCGCCCAGCACUUGCAGCACCCCCAGGCCCCAGCGGCCCACCUGCAUCCAGUCGGAGGCUACGGAGACCCCCCUGACCUCUGCGCCGACCGGAACAGAUACCACUUACCUUUUCCUUGGAUGAAGUCCACAAAGUCUCACGCGCAUACUUGGAAAGGACAGUGGACAGGCCCCUACAUGGUAGAGGUGGAGGAGAACAAGAGGACGCGGACGGCUUACACGCGCGCCCAGCUGCUGGAGCUCGAGAAGGAAUUCCUUUUUAACAAAUACAUCUCGCGGCCAAGGCGCGUGGAGCUGGCGCUGACGCUAAGCCUCACCGAGAGACACAUCAAAAUCUGGUUCCAGAAUCGCCGCAUGAAAUGGAAGAAAGAGGAAGACAAGAGACGGGCAAGGACCGGGGACCCCGAGCAGGAUUCCUCCAUUACCUCCGCGGACCUGAAGGACGACCCUUGCGUCCCGGCGGCACCGACCUCACCUUUGCAUGGUUUGGGUUCCUCGGUCCCCCGCGACGCAGCGUAAAAACAGAUCAGUACAAAAGACUCGCCGUGUUGUAGAACACACGUCCACAUACCAUAGGCUACACUCAGUGCUGUCUGAUGAAUACUGCUGACCAGCGCAUCAUGUGUGACUAACCUUGCCUUUGGAGAAUGCGUCCAUUUAGGAGACUUUUGGCCAGUACGUAACCAUGAAUAAACCUCCGAUCUCCAUAGGAUACUGUAUUGACGACAGAGGGCAGUGUACACAUGCAUAGGCCUACAGAAGAGCAGUCCUGAAGUGUUAGCGUUGGAGUUCAAUGUCUCAAAUAAGAACACAGCACUUCGCUUCCUUGUGUGAAACUAGUGAAUAGCCUACUUUUCAGUCGGCAAAAGAAAUACCAUCAUUUUGAUCCUGUAAUGUAUCCUGUAAUUCCUGUAAUUUUGUUUAUACAUUUCAAUGUAAUAUUAAUAUUUGUAUUUAAAUAUUCUAUCAAGUCUACUUUCUAAAAUAACCAUCUUUCAUUCCACACAGGCUAUUUAAAAUAUUUGAUUAAUCCAAUAAAAUGUACAAAGCGCUCCCUGGUCGUUAGUUUUUAUAUGAGGAAUG